AUGCCACCAGCAGAAACACCUUAUAUCAAGCAAGAAGAUCUUCCAGAGUCGCCAGGCAGAAUUAAUCCAUAUAUUUCUGCAUCUUCGCGCUACACAAACAAUUCAAUGGCGUCUAAUCCUUCUAUCAAAACAGAACAACAACAACAAGAUUCUGCAUACCUUACCGGGUUUUCCUCAAACAACUACAAUUAUAACACAGCCCCAGAUGUACUCAAUUCCCCCAUGUCCAACGCGUCACUAGCUUCCCCCGACCUUUUUGCUUAUACAUCACCUUCUCUAGAUGACCCCGCGCGCCUUAUGGGUUUCACAACUCACCCAAUACUUGGUGGAGGAACAGCCACCGCUAAUCCUGGGUCAGUAUCAGCGGCCACUGUUUCUUCUAUUAAUGCCGCACCAGGAAUUACCACAUCCUCGUCUGCAAUGCAAGCCUUUGGGUUAGACGUCACGGAUGAUUUAUUGGGUGGCGGUUUAGGAGGAACAACAGGAGUAGGAGGAGGAGGAGGAAGAAAUGGACCGGGGAAUUAUUCUAUUAUUGAUGAAUCGGACUUGCUUGACCUUAAUGCAGUUGCAUCACCGGAUCCACCUCCAGCGCAACUUAGUAACUUUGCUAGCUCUCCUCCACCUCAGCAACAGCAGCAGCUUCAUAUUCAGCAGCUACAUUCUCAACAGCAACAACAACAUAGACAACAACAACAACAACAACAGCAACAGCAACAACAACAACAGCAGCAGCAGUUUGGUCCUGGGGGGUACCAACAGAUGCCCGGAAUCAGUAUUAGUAGCCCAGGCCCCGCAUCUGUGUCUCUGACGUAUGGCAAUAGUAGCAUAAAGUCGACACCUACAUUUGGUACCACUCCACCUGUGCCCGAAUCAACAUCACCUUUUGAUGAGUUUCUUCUCCGCAAUGUCAAGCAACAUCAACAAAAGUCUCAGCAACAGCAGCAGCAGCAGCAGCAGCAGCUACAACAAAGUUCUGGAGCAUCACCUUUGGGUGGAAGAAAUAUCGCAAGCCCACCCAGCAGUGGUAGUACUCCCACAACCCCACAACAAGCACUGUGGGUUAAACAGCAGAGACAAAUCCAAAUGCAAAUCCAGCAACAGCAGCAGCAACAGCAGCAACAGCAGCAGCAACAACAACAAAGCCAAAUUGUGGGAUCUCCUGCUCAGUACGGUAUGACGCACCAAAUAGCGUCGCCACCUUCUUCGGCUGUGCCUGUGCCUGGGGCUUCGCCUUCACAUACACUACGAUUUUUAUCUGAAAACACUACGGGCCUUGGCAGCGCUACCUCGUCGCCUGUGGGAUCCUACGGUUCGGGCUUUGUGGGGCCUGGUAGCGGGCCUUUAAGUAGUGGUGUUGCCAUUGGCGGCACGGGAGGUAACAAUGUGGAUCUUUACGGUGGCUUUGGGUUCAGUCCAUCGGCAAAGCCGCCUCUUGCGGGGUCUGCGCAAGUAGGGAGCUUUAAUACAAGUGGUUCUAUACUUGUGAGCCAACAACAGCACCAACAACAGCACCAGCAACAGCACCAGCACCAACAACAACAACAACCGACGAAACAUCAAAAACAACUUCCUCCUGGAACUCCGAGUACAAUAACCUCACCGCAUUUGCAGCCGUCUGUUGCAACAUCGUCACCAUCAACAUCUUCAGGAACAACAGCACCAGUAACUGCAUCUUCGGCUACAUCCGCGCCCAUUCCACUCCCUAAAUCACAACAACAACCACAGUUACUCAAAACAUCGGCUGGUACAGAAGGUGCAACGCCUGGAAGUUUGACACCUAGUGGAACACCGCAUUCUUUUGGGGAUGAUGUAAUAAGUGGGGCUGGUGCGGGGUCUUCCGGCCCACCAUCUGUGACACAAAACCUCAUUCUUGCGGAACGCCGACGUCGACGACGCGAAUCACAUAAUGCUGUAGAACGACGACGACGUGACAACAUCAAUGAGAAGAUUCAGGAGCUUGCUACUCUUGUGCCUGAGGUGAUGUUGUACAAUUUAGUUGAUCCGCUUGGAACAGGAAAUCCUAACGGUGGUGGUGGCAGUAGUAGUGGUGGUGGUGGUAGUGGAGGUGUCGGACCUGGAGCAGCCAACAGUGGAACCAAUGUGCUUACAAAAGACGGGCGUCCAAAUAAAGGUACGAUUUUGACGCGAUCUGUUGAUUAUAUCCGGUACUUGCAGAAUGUGAUUGAUGCGCAGAAUGAUAAGGAGAUGGAGCUGCGUGAAUUGGUGCAAAGCUUACAACGACAACUCAACAUUGAGGUGACGGCGUUCGGACCUACAUCUGCAGAAAUUGCUCUCGCCAAAAUCCGCGGCGAUGUACUUGUGGGGACCGACGAUGAUCCUAUGUUUGUUGGGCCUGGUGGUGUUAGUGGUGGGGGGAAUAGCAGUGGAGCCGGGAGUGGUGGAGGUUUUAAUUCAGGGGGGCCCGGGGUACUUGGGUUUGGCGAGGAGAUACGGUUGGAGUCCCGGGUUGGAGAUUCUGUUGGAGAUCAGCAACAGGAUACUCCGGAUUAUGAUAGCACCAUGGCUGAUGAGUUUCUUGUUUCAUAA